AUGAGUAACCCUAUUUCUAGUAAAACUGAUUCUUGCUUGUCUGGGGAGAGCUCUAGUCAAAGUCAACCAAAAGAAUAUCAGUUUUUCUUAGAGAGCAUAGAUUGCACCCCAGAAACAUCCAAAACUACAAAUACACCUUAUCCACCUGAAAGUGCUUCUACCCCAUCUCCAAGUGUCCAACCUGAACCUGAACCGCAACCAAUUGAUUCUACAUCUCCCAAUAUAAUUGUCUACCACAGAAAAAGAGGAAAGCAGAAGGAAUCAAAGACUUCAACAGAUUUACAGCUACUGCCAGCAUCUGAAAUUGAGGUAAAUAUCCCUACAUCUGAUUUGCAAAUUGUGGAGAAAAAUUUUGCAGGUUCUAGUUCAAGUAAUCUUGGGAAUUCCGAUGAGAAUCUACCCAUUGCACUCAGGAAAGGGGUGAGAUAA